CUCCCUUACACCCCCUCGCCUGCUUAUCGCGUGUCUCUGCCUUCCUGUGCUCUACUCUGAGCCUAAUCUUCCGUUCGCCCCUCUCCUCCGAGCCGUGAUCUUCUGCGAUGGACCCGGCUGAACGCAUACAAGCGGCCUCCAGCUUCUUGUUGCAAGCUCCCCCAGGCGAGAUCAACGACGUGCUUAAUGAUGUCAGAGCCGUCAUAUCAGACGACGAUUCCCUGCAAGACGGUGUCUUGCCAGCUCUUCGGGAGUAUAACCUCACGCAAUUCACGACGGUGGAUGUCCCAGGAGUAGAGCAUCAGACAAUCGUGAGCGAGAUCGCCAGGAUUUCCAGUGAAGAGGAAGGGGAGGAACGAUACUUGGAUCCAAGGUCUAAGACAUCAUUCCGGUUUGAUCAUCUGAGCUUGGAAGCCACGGACCCACAACCCACUGAAUCUGAUGAGGAGUCUGAGCCUCUGCGGGAAGCAUUGGAGAAGGCCACACAAUUGUACCUGAGCGCUCACUACCACGAUGGCGUCGCUGCCGUUUUCUCUCAUGCUGGGGAAAACCGGUUUACUAUCCAGGUUGUCGCGAACAAGUACAAUCCAAACAAUUACUGGUCUGGCCGGUGGAGAUCGCAGUAUGUGGUGAACUUCAACGAGAACAAGGUCGAAGGGUUCAUCCUUGUUCAUGUGCAUUAUUACGAGCAAGGAAAUGUUCAAUUGACCACCUCCCAUAAACUCUUCUUGACACUUCCGCAGACGGCUGUCACGUCAUCACCACAACAAACUGCCUCGAAGAUUCUUGCACAAAUCGAGUCCGAAGAAGGCAAAUAUCAGGUCUCGUUGAAUGACGCAUACCAGGAGAUGGGCGAGAAGACGUUCAAGGGACUGCGAAGAGCUCUUCCAAUGACACGGCAGAAGCUGGAUUGGGAUAAGGUGUUAGGAUACAAGCUUGGAGCGGAGUUGUCUGCCAGCAAGGGCGGUGGGUUUGGCAGUGCUAUAUGACCUAGGAUAUGACCGUACAUAUACGAGCCUUGUGCUGGUGCUCGAGUGAUAAUAGCACAGGUUAGUUUCGUAACAUGGUCCCAUAGAGAGCC